ACGCCAUAUACCCUUCGGGAGGUCUGCGGUAAGGGCUCUAGCCCGGCCGCCACGGCGUUAAAUACAACAACAACAACAACAACAUCGCUCAAGCGCCACAGCACGCCAAAGUAGCAACUGGCAAAGAGAAAGAUCGUAAGCCCAUUGACCCUCCGCCGAUUCUCCACAUCGACCUAAGGAAUCACAACCAGAAUUACGCAAAUUUCAUUCUGUCGAGCCCUAGCUUGUUCGUCCAAGUUUACCUCAAGCCCGGCGAUAAGAAAACCAAAAUGGACCCAGAGACCUGUGCAAAAGGCUUAGUGGGAUCGACUGUCUCCUCUUUGCAAAAGUACAAGAGCAUCGAGGGCAAGGACGAAGGCUACUUUGUUUUUCCCGACCUCUCUGUCAAGAUGGAGGGUUUCUUUAAGCUGAGAUUCGCCCUGUACAACAUGAAGGGCGGCGAGGUAUACUUCAUGACGGAGAUGGAGUCCCACGGCUUUCAAGUUCACACGGCGCGGUCGUACCCUGGAAUGAGCUCUUCAACAGACUUGACCCGUCAUCUCAGCGAUCAAGGCUGCCGUCUACGGAUCCGGAAAGAUUCUCAAGUUGUCAAAAACCGCAAACGACAGUUCCAAUAUGGCAUGGACUCCGACCAAAUGCGCAAUGUCAGGCAACGUCAGGGCAUGGCUCAGCUAACACAGCAAGCCCAUCACCCAAAAGAUAUUGCACAGCAGCAGGGAUUCUCUCACGGAGGCUCGGCCACGGGAGUUCCCAGUCCUGCAUCGUCUUCUCACGGAGGAGGGCAAGCGCCUGCGGUAACAAUAAUGCAACAGGCGAAUCGACACCAAGUCCAGGCGGUCAGUUACGCGCAUCCACAGCCAUUGAUGGCGCAUUCCAUGCCGGGAAUAAUGAGCAUGCAGUUGUCGCAUUCGGCAGUAUAUCCGCCACCAACGCCAUCUUCAGGACUAUCGGUUGCAUCGCUUCCCUCGACUUCGCCUACGCAGAGCCCAGACUUGGUGACUCCCACGUACUAUCGGCUUGACUCGGGCCUCUACGAUUAUACGACAACCCAACACAACUUGGGGGACGCUUUUUUCCCGCAGCCUCACCAGCCUUACAAGGCUGACCAAUACUGGGAGAGAGACUCGGAUAGUAGGAUUAAUAGCCACGGACAUGGCCAUGGGCAGAGCUAGGAGGCUGGAGAUACUGGUCAAGAGGCAGGCUAAGGGCAUGGGAGUUCAGGUGAACAGCGAGAGCUCAACCGGUCUCCAGACGAGACUGAAGUGGGAACAUCAGUAUGGUGGAUUUUUGGUUUACUGUUUGUCUUGGUGCACAUUGACGAGGUUUGUCAAAAGGGGGUAUUAGUUCAAGCGACAUUGCAUAACACCAGGCACAGUCGCCGGCUAUGGGUCGAUCCGGCGUUGUUGGUUUCGAAGGCUUCAACAGAGGACAAUAUACCCUUGGGAUUCUUUCAACGGGCAUUGUUUGGUAGCACAGUGGUGGCGCAGCAGGAGCAUAGAGCGGAAUGAAAUCUCGAGCAAGUUAUCACUUCAGACUUUAGCAGUAGGAAUCACGUUUUUUUCUUUCGU